UCAAGUCAAAAAAGAACUGAAUUUACCGGUUAAUGUGGAAUUAGCACCGCACACAUUAAGAAGAUGUUUUGCUACUUACCAAGCCAUUAGUGGUAUGCCUUUACCGGUAUUGCAGAAGGUAUUGGGACAUUCUAAAAUUUCUACCACUGCUCUUUAUAUUAAAGACUCUGAUUUAAGUAAUUUGGUGAAUCGUAAAACUACUUAUAUAAGAAACGCUAAGUUUAUCAUGAAAAAGAAGCAACAACUUAUCUCAGCUACUGAAAUAGCUAAAUUAUUAAUGUCUUUUGACCCAGAUCGAGAAUAUUUUUUAGACGGAAAGAUGCUAAAUAAGACCGAAGAAGAAGGAUAUGAACCGCCUACUAUCGGCAAUUUUCGUUUAAAUAAAAUGCUUCAUAUUUGCCAAAUGCUCCACUAUGCUAAAUAUGAGGAACCUCUUUUUUUAGAAGAUUUAAGGGCUUAUUAUCACGGAGCAAUUGUUUAUCCGGUCUACCGAGGCUUUUUUAGUUUUUAUCGCCAAUCACUAGCAACCAAAGAAAUUUCAGUUACUAAGGAAAAAAAAAACCUAGUUAGCAAAAUUUACUACUACUUUAAGAAUUAUUCCGAUGAGUAUUUAGAAACUUUUUCGCAUGAUGAUCCGGCUUGA